GAAGCAGGAAUGUGUUGUUUCAGGAAACAGUGAUGUUUGACGAUGUGGCUGUGUAUUUCACAAGGAAGGAGUGGAUGUGCCUGGACUCUCCUCAGAGGGCUCUCUAUAGAGAUGUCAUGCUGGAGAAUUAUGGGAACCUGGUCUGCCUGGGAUUUUCAGUCUCCAAACCAGACCUGAUUUUCCAGCUGGAACAAGGAGAAGAACCAUGGGACCUGGAACUGCAGGUUACUGAGGAAAGAGAAGACACCCGGAAAGACUCGAAAAGAGAUUCUGAGAUAGGUACUGAAAACAAGACAUCUUAUAAAAAAGAGGAUAUAUCAGAAGAUAUAGAAUCUCCUGGAGGGACUUCAGAAAUACCUUUAAAAGAUGCUCCUCAAGAACCUGUUUUUGGAGAAAUUUGUGCAUUUGGGGGAAAGUUAGAAAAUAAUCAGGGAAAUUCUACUGAGGUGAUGCUGGAGAGAUCUUUUGUCCAGGAGAAAGGUUUCAGGAAAGUGACUAUAAACCACAACAAAACCUCCACUGAUGAAAAAAAUCUGGAAUGUGGUGAUUUUGGGAGAAACUUUGGUCUAAAUCCAAGUUUCAUUUUACACCGGAGUGAUGCUAUGGGAGAGCAAACCCAUGGAUGUGAUACCUGUGGCAAAACUUUCAAAUACAAUUCAGAUCUUAUUCGACAUCAGAGGAUUCAUACUGGAGAGAAACCUUAUGGGUGUGAUGAAUGUGGAAAAGUCUUUAAUCUCAAUUCAGAACUCAUUCGACACCAGAGAAUUCAUACCGGAGAGAAACCUUAUAAAUGUAAGGAUUGUUGGAAGGGCUUCAGUCAGAGCUCUAAUCUUAUUAGACAUCAAAGAAUUCAUACUGGAGAGAAACCUUAUGAAUGUAAUGAAUGUGGGAAAGGAUUUGUCUGUAGCUCAGGACUUAUGCAGCAUCAGAGCAUUCACACUGGAGAGAAACCCUAUGGAUGUGAUGAAUGUGGAAAAGCCUUCAGUCUAAACUCACGACUUAUUCGACAUCAAAGGACUCACACUGGAGAGAAACCAUAUAAAUGUGAUGAAUGUGGUAAUGCUUUCAAUCUAAAUUCGGAACUUAUUCGACAUCAGCGAACUCACACAGGAGAGAAACCAUAUAAAUGUAAUGAAUGUUAUAAGGCUUUCAGUCAGAGGGCGAAUCUUAUUCAACAUCAAAGAGUCCAUACUGGAGAGAAACCCUAUGAGUGUCUUGAAUGUGGGAAAAGCUUUAGCUGCAGCUCACACCUUAUUCAGCAUCAAAGAAUCCAUACUGGAGAGAAACCAUAUGAGUGUGAUAAAUGUGGUAAAGCUUUCAGUCAAAGCUCACACCUUAUUUUACACCAGAGAGCGCAUAAUGGAGAGAAACCUUAUAAAUGCCAUGAAUGUGGGAAAGACUUCAGUUGGAGCUCACAACUUAUUCAGCAUCAGAGAGCCCAUACUGGAGAAAAACCCUAUGGGUGUGAUGAAUGUGGUAAAGCCUUCAGUGUCAAUUCACAACUUAUUCGUCAUCAGAGAACUCAUACUGGAGAGAAACCCUAUAAAUGUAAUGUUUGUGAGAAAGCUUUUACUCAGAGUUCCCACCUCAUUCAACAUCAAAGUAUUCAUAUGGAAGAGAAACCUUAUGAAUGUGUUGAAUGUGGGAAAGGUUUUAGUCAGAGCUCACAACUAACUGUACAUCAGAGAAUUCACACUGGGGAAAAACUCUAUGAAUGCGCUGAAUGUGGGAAAGCCUUCAGUAGGAGUUCAUCCCUUAUUCAACAUGAGAAAAUUCAUACUGGAGAAAAACCGUAUAGUUGUCAGGAGUGUGGAAAAGCCUUCACUUUGAAAACCCAGAUGUUGGUGCUUCUCUCUCUGCACCAGAGAAUUCACACUAGGGAGAAACUUUAUAGGUGUGAUGAAUGUGGAAAAGGCUUUAGAAAAAGCUCACAACUUAUUCAGCAUCAUAGGAUCCAUACUGGAGAGAAACCCUAUAGUUGUGAAGAAUGUGGCAAAGCCUUUAGUCAGAGCUCUCAACUUAUUCGACAUCAGAGAACUCAUACUGGAGAAAAACCAUAUAAAUGUAGUGAAUGUUGGAAAGACUUUAGUCAGAGAGCAAACCUUAUUCAACAUCAGAGCAUUCACACUGGUGAGAAACCUUACGAAUGUGAUGAAUGUAGUAAAGCCUUCAAUUUGAACUCACAACUUAUUCGACAUCAACGAACUCACACUGGAGAGAAACCCCACAAAUGUAAUGAAUGUGGGAAAGCCUUCAGCCAGAGAGGAAAUCUUAUUCAGCAUCAGAUAACUCAUACUGGAGAGAAACCCCAUGAAUGUAAUGAAUGUGGAAAAGGCUUUAGUCAGAGAGCAAACCUUAUUCAACAUCAGAGAACUCAUAGUGGAGAGAAACCCUAUGAAUGUAAUAUAUGUGGGAAAGGCUUUAGUUGGAGUUCUCGACUUAUUCGACAUCAGAGGACCCAUACUGGAGAAAAACCCUUUGGAUGUGAGGAAUGUGGUAAAGCUUUCAGUGUGAACUCAGAACUUAUAUUACAUCAGAGAAGUCAUACUGGAGAGAAUCCUUAUAAAUGUAAUGAAUGUGGGAAGGAUUUCAGUAGGAGUUCAAAUCUUACUCAGCAUCAAAGAAUUCACACUGGAGAGAAACCUUUUAUGUGUAAUGAAUGUGGUAAAGCCUUUAGUCAAAGAGCAAACCUCCUUAAACAUCAGAUAAUUCACUCUGGAGAAAAUUAAUAUGUGUAAUGAAUGAGCAAAAGGCUUCUAUAAAAAAUAUUUUUUGGCUGUUAAUAGCUUAGGACAAGAGAAUAGCUGUUCUCAGAAAUCAGUUUAAACUUGUUAAUGUCUCAGAGCUCAUUGGAGAAAAACUAUGUAUUUGUCAGAAAUGUAAAAAAAAAGAACCAAACUUUUGUCAGAGCUUACGACUUAACUAAACUUCAGGAAAUUCACACAAAAGAGAAACCUAUUACUGAAAUGACUAGAAAUAUGUUCAGUUGGAACCUACGUUUUAACAUCGGAAAUUUUGGAUGAGAGAGAUCUCUCUACCAAUAUAGGAGAAUCUUGGUGUCAUUGCAGCCUUUAUUUGGGAAUAGAGUAUCCACACUGGAAAGUGAUCUAGUCAGUGGAGAAGGCUACAGAAAGAUGCAGUGAGUUUAUCCAAAAUCGUAAGAUCCUUUAGGGCAAGGCUAUAUAGAGGUCUAGAGGUUAUUGGAAUCACAUUAGAAAAGCAUAUCUACUAGAAUUUGGAAGUAUCUUUGAAAAUUGUUUUUGUUAAGGUGAGUAUGAGGGUUUGAGAAUACAUUGGGGCAGAGGUAACUUUAGGCCUGGGCCUGGAGAGUGGGAGUACAAAAAACCCUGGCUGCUAGAAUGUCAAGUCUAGGGUCAUUUGAAGUGUGUGGUUCCCAGGGAGCAAGGUGAGAAUUAAAUUGUACCUAUUAACAGGGAAGACUAUCAAAAUACAUUAGUUAACCAUAGUGAAAAAAAAUUAAGAGAGAAAAGGAAACUUACCACCAUAGAAGUAAUAUUAAUUGGAGUAAUUUACGUGAAUUGUUUAUCAUGUGUGCUUAGUUUCUAAGCAUUACAGUAAUAAUUAUGCAUAAUAUUAAACUUUUCAGAUUAACAUUGCUAUAGCAUAGAUUGAAUUUGAGAACACAGCUGUGAAUGUUGAUCAUAGGUGAACUUGUUUGUUGCUUGUGUAAUCUUGUAACUUAAAACUAUUGGAGGGAGCAAAAACUAAC